UCAGUCUCCUUUAUACUUUAUAGCUAAAUCAAAUACUAUAAUGUUUGGUUUAUGUGGUGCAGUAGGAACAGUUUCUGAUAUUGGUAUUCGACUUCGUCAAUGUUUGGUGUACGAUUAUGGUUUUGAAUGUUAUGUUGGUAUCUCCUUUGUGCAGUUUCAUGGUUUACAUCUGCAAUGCAUUAAUAUCGGAGGAGGAGAGGGAGAGAUUCCAGACAACAAGCGUCUGAAGACUACUCUUCAGCACAUUCAUGGAAUUGGCCGCUCCAGAGCAUGCCAAAUUCUUAGCAGGCUAAACAUUGAGAACAAUCUUACUAGGGACUUAACAGGAAGAGAACUAUAUGCUCUCCGCGAGGAACUUAAUAAUUAUAUGGUCCAACAAGAAUGGAAGAAUCAAGUUAAAAGGAUAUUGAUAGUUGAAGGAUAUUCAGUGCUAUAGAGGAAUAAGGCAUAGUCAGGGAUUACCUUGCAGAGGACAGCGCACGCACACCAAUGCCCAGACCUGGAAGGGUAAGGCAGUUCCUAUUGCAGGA